AACAUCACAGUGACCGGCCAAUGAUUUUUCGUCGCAGCUAUGACUGAAAUCGAUCUCCCAACAUACUCCUUGCUUUUUAUCGGUUUUGGCUCAAUUAGUAUGCAAUUAUCCCGUGUCGGAUGAUCUCCGACUGAGAGGUUCUCCGCAUAUAUAUUAACCAACGCACGCCUACCACCUCCGUUUCUAAUUAACCGCCAACAUCGUCGGAAAGGAAGACCAACUCUCCAAGCUGGAAGAGCCGUAAUAAAAAUGGAAAUCAAGACUGUCCUCGUUACCGGCGCAACCGGCUUCAUCGGUGCACACAUCGUCGACGCCCUCCUCGCCCGUGGCCUCCGAGUGCGGGGUGCAACACGCUCCCCCGCUAAAGGCGCCGCGAUGCUCACAGCCCGGCCGCAACAGAAGGACCGCCUUGAAUUCGUCCAGAUAGAUGACUUUGAGAGGCCCGGUGGUCUCGAAGAGGCUGUUAGAGGGGUUGAUGGGGUUAUUCAUACUGCUAGUCCAUUCACAUAUGACACAACAAACAACGAAGCGGAACUCAUCAUCCCAGCUAUAAACGGCGUGAAGGCAGUCCUCGCAGCAGCAUCUACAAACCCGUCUAUUAAGCGGAUCGUUCUAACAUCCUCCUUCGCCUCCGUCAUCGACAUCUCCCGCAACGCCAACGCACAAUCCUACUUCACCUACACAGCCAAGGACUGGAACCCACUCACCUACGCCGAAGCCGCAGCCCCAACAACAGACGCAGUCGUCGCAUAUCGCGGAUCGAAGAAAUUCGCUGAACUCGCCGCGUGGGAGUUCGUCCGGGAGAAGAAACCGGCCUUCGAUCUUGUCGCGCUCUGUCCGCCUAUGACGUUUGGACCCGUCGUGCAUCCUGUCGCCUCUGUUAACGAGCUCAACGAGUCGAAUGCGAUGCUUUGGAAGGUUGCGAGCGGGGAGAGCCCGAUCCCCCUUGCGCGUGUGCCGUUUUGGAUCGACGUGAGGGAUCUUGCGGAGGCGCAUGUUUGUGCGCUGUUGAAGGAGGAGGUCGGUGGGAAGCGGUAUACGCCGACGGCGCCGGAGCGGUUCUCGUAUGGACUUGCGGCGGGGAUUAUUCGGGGUGAGUUUGAGGGGUUACGUGGGAGGGUUUCGCGGGAGGAGCAGAGUGUCGAUGAAAGGUAUGGGUUGGAUGGGGAGACCGCGGGGAGGGAGCUGGGGUUCAGCUAUAGGGGGUUUCGGGAAACGGUUGUGGAUCUGGUGAAGCAGGCGUUGGAGAUGGAGAGGGCGGAGAAGGGCGAUGCAGAGUAGAUUGGUCACGUAUACAGUGCAUGUUUUGUUCCUCGCCUGGAUCUAUAUGGGUCGAUAUACCUACCUCUUGGGUACUCCGUACAUGUACCUAGGUUAGCCCUAACAACUGAGACUUGGCCGCAACCACAUCGCCAUUUCCUCUUCUACUCUUUCGUCAACGGCGCUGCGCUAAGCUGCUGUAGACAUACCUAGAGCCUUGAUUGAACCUACU